UCAAAGGAGAGCAAGCACGCAGUACCAUGCGAGCUAAAUUUGUGCCCGCUGGAAAUCCUGAUGUCGGAUUUAUGGUGAACAGCAGAAGCUCUUUUCGCAUAGGAAGCGAUUCUACUGGAACUUUGGAAGAGAGGGUCGCCGGGGAAACAUGGCCGAAGGAGGGCCGAGUAGAGGUGGCGGAGAAGUCCCCGCUACGUCGCCCGAGCAGGAAGACCGGAGCCCGGCUUCGGUCCUGACAGGAUCCGGGCAUUGCAAAUGGUUCAACGUUCGGAUGGGCUUUGGAUUUAUAUCUAUGACCGGCAGCGAAGAAGGUCCUGUUGACCCUGCGAUGGAUGUGUUCGUUCACCAAAGCAAGCUGGUGAUGGAGGGGUUCCGUAGCCUGCGCGAGGGGGAGCCGGUGGAGUUCUCCUUCCAGAGGUCCAGCAAGGGUCUGGAGGCACUGCGGGUCACCGGGCCUGGGGGAGGAGCCUGUUCCGGCAGCGAGAGGCGGCCCAAAGGCAAGGCCCCUCCCCUCAAGCGCAAACCAAAGGGAGACCGAUGUUACAACUGUGGAGGUCUUGACCACCACGCCAAGGAGUGCGGCCUGCCCCCCCAGCCAAAGAAGUGCCACUACUGCCAGAGCGUCACCCACAUGGUGGCGCAGUGCCCCCACAAGGCCUCGUCCAGCUCGCAGGACCCGCAGACCUCGCCCGAGUCCCAGGGGGGGUCCCAGGGGGGGUCCCAGGGGGGGUCCCACGAGGAGGGGGGGCGCAGCAGCUCCUCUCCCCAGGAAGGGAGCUCCUCGGCCGGGGACGAGCCGCCGCACCGUGGCCAGUCCUCCUCCUCCUCUCAGCGCCGCCGCAGGAAGCCCUGA